GGUAAACUUAAAUGGUGCUUGUUAAAGUUAGCUAAACUAGCGCUAUCUAUACUUAGCAAGUAGAAACUAUUGACAGUAUAUAGUCUUCUCGAUUGUAUUUUCGACUAUAUUCAAGUUAAACGCUGGGUGCGUGUGUUACACGUGCACGUGGGUUAUGAACGCAACUUGUAUAAAGAGAUCUAUUAGAUUUUUAUUGUUAAUAAUAUUACGAAAAUAGUAAAAAGAAUUAAUUUUUCAAGAUAAUGGGUAAAAUAGCGCGAUUAGGUAGUAGAAAAAAAGCAAAACGAUGGCCAAAAGGCCAAAGCUCCAAUUCAAAUCCGGAAACAACAAAGCACAGAGAAAGAGCUACAUGGAUGUUUUUUAAAGAUUUUAACGGAACACCGGGUAUAACAACAGAGGAUUUACAGAAACACGAUGCUAUGCAACACAUUCUACCUCAAAUAGAAAAUAUAGAUAUCGACGGAGAUCAAGUAGAAAGUACUAUAGAAGGAACAGUCAAUUCAGCAGAUACGUUUGCGAGCACUUACAGUAAUUGUACAAAUAUAUCUUUUAAUAGAUUUUUAAAUCACUUUCAAUCUAAAUCGUUAAUACAUAAGGAGAUGUUAGCCGUUUUAUCAGCAGUAACCGAAGUUAUUAAACAAAAUGGUGGGUCUGAAACUUCGACCGAGUAUUUUGCAGCACUGAUGAGUACUCUAGAAGCGGUUGAUACGGAUACGUCUGUUGCUGCUACGCUUUCACUUCUAGAAAUGGGAUUAAGAACUGUACCUAAAAACGUUCUCAAUGCACAAUUUGGUCCAGCGAGUCAAAUCUUUCUCCAAAUAUUAACAAAGUAUAUAGAAGCAGAAAAUUUUCUAAUUAUAAGACACUGUCUCAGCUGUCUUUCACUAUUGUUACGGUUUCAAGAAGCCGCAGUUUGGUUAAAUUCUUCAACGAUGCAGGUUUUAGAUGCCAUUCUAUCAUUCAUUAUUCAUAUUAAACCCAAAAUAAGAAAGGUAGCUCAGCAUGGAAUAUGUGCCAUACUUAAAGGAAGUGAUUUAAUGAGAAGUGAAAGUUGUCCUGUAUAUCAUCCUGCUGCACCACAAGUUGCUAAACAUUGUAUAAAUCAAUUGAACACAGCUUGCGAACCUGGUGGUAUAACGAGCAUCCUUCAUACUCUCACGUUACUCAAGGACAUUAUCCACCAAUUGCCAAAGUUAUACAUAAAGACUAUUUGCGAGGGACUCUUAAGUAUCAUGGGAUUAAGAAAUGUUUUGGUAACAUCAUGCUGUUUACAAACGUUGCAUGGAUUGUUCGUGUCCAGGCCGUCAGAAAUAACGUUACCAUCGCAAAGAAAUGCACAAAUUAUAACUGCUCUUUAUGAUUAUCAACCUCCCGUAAACGAUGCGCAACCAACUCUAGCUUGGUUGACUGUUAUGCAAGAGGCUCACUGCAAUCUCAUUCAAAAUUCUAUGGAUAUGUGCGCUGCUAUCGUACCUCGAAUGUUAGAAAAAUGUAUCGAAUUGUUGCUCUCUGAUAAACAAGAAGUCAUAUCUGGUACAUCUCAUACUAUGAAAAUACUUUUACAAGAUUGUAUUGGCCCAUUGUGUGAAAAUGAAGAAAAGGCUAAAAGAUAUAAGGUAAUAAUAGACCAAGUGAUAGAUAUGAUGUAUAAACCGACAAAGUACCAGUAUCUUGACACGAGUAUACCGUUUGAUAAUAUUCUUCAUUUAAUUGGAUUGCUCUUUCAAAUAACUGGAAAAACAAAAAAUCCAAAACUUUUAGAUAUUUUGAAAACAUUAGCAGAAUUACGAGAUUCAUACAACUUUGCAUGUAACGCAGUUGCUGAAUACGCGAUUGGAUCUGCUAUAAAAGCAUUGGGUCCUCGUGUCGUUUUACAUACUCUACCUCUGCAGACAGGAAAAGAUACUAUAAACCUAGAGAGAAGUUGGCUACUUCCAUUGCUCAAAGAUUGCAUAACUCAUGGAUCACUUUCUUUCUUCACAGAUAUGUUGCUACCAUUAGCAGUAAUAUGCAACACAAAAUCUAAAGAACCGGUAGGAGGAAAAACUUACGAAUUUCUUGUAACGCAAAUAUGGGCAAUAUUGCCAAGUUUAUGCAAUGAUGCUAACGACGUGAAAGACAACUUCAAGAAUAUCGCUAAAUUGUUAGGAACAAUUAUUAGUGGAGUUAAAGAUUUAAGAUUAUCGGUAAUGGCAGCUUUAAGAAAAUUGAUUACAAAGGCAACCGAAAAUGAUAAUAGCGAGGAUAUAUCCGAGCUUGCUCGAUUUGCUAAAAAUUAUCUACCAGUUUUGUUCGCUUUAUAUACAACUAAACCGACUGGAACGGAUGAAGAGGGACAUCGUUUGGCUACGUUCGAUACGAUUAAGAUAUAUCUGACAAUAACAGAAAAGGUAUUAGCAAAUGAGCUGUUCGAUAAAGCAUUAACCAAAUUGGGCGAUGCCGACGCAGAUGAUUUUUUCAAAGAAAGUGUAUGUGACUUGAUAAGAUUGUUAGUCGAAUAUACUGAUAUCGAUAGAUUACAAAAAUUUUACGAGAUGUGCAUACCGUACAUCGAAGAUAAAACCAAACGAAAGGAACAGAAGAAGGCAUAUAGAUUUAUGGAAGGAUUGUGUGGCAGUGAAAAAGAAAUUUGUAAAAAUUUUGUACAAGAGCAUAGACGCGAAAUACAAAAAAUGAUGAUUGCUUCUGCAACUAAAUUAAUUCAAACGAGUAAAGGAGCUCGUAUAAGAUGUUUGAUACAUCUUGUAAAAAGUCACCCACAAUUGGAAAAAACGAAAUUUUUGCAAGCUAUCAUUCCGGAAGCGAUAUUGUGCGUAAAGGACAUAAAUCAGAAAUGUCGAACUUCAGCGUAUCAAUUGUUAAAUGUCAUUGCCGAUAAAUUUUUAGAAAAACCUGAAUAUCUUAAAGAAUAUACAGACAUGGUAAUUGCAGGAUUGGGUGGAGAACAAAAAUACUGCAGUUGCACUCUACUCGCUCUUGCUUCUCUUACAUAUCAUUAUAACGGUUGCUUGGGUAUAGAAACUUUGGAGGAAAUAUUAGGACAUGCGUGUUUACUUGCAGUUAGCCCUACAAGAGAAAUAGCAGAAUCAGCAUUGUCAUAUAUUAAAGUGUACAUAACCGUAAUGCCGUCUCUUAUAAUAGCAAAAUCAUUAACUAAAAUAGUUGGGGCUUUGUCCGAUAUGAACGACGAUUGUAAAAGGCAUUUUAGACAAAAAGUUAGAGAUAUCUUUACCAAAUUGAUACGGAAAUAUAGCAUAAGAACUAUUUCCGGAAUGGUGCCGGCAUCAGAUGUAAUACUUCAUAAAAGAUUAAAAAAUAUUCAUAAGGUAGAAGAAAUUAAAAAGAAGAGUAGAGAAUUGAAGAAAAUAAAACAGAGUGAAAAAGAGGACACAGAUUUCAAUGCAAAAAGAAGACCAAAAAGCAUGGAAGAUCUCUUGGCAGACAGCGAAGAAGAAUUUUGUGAUACGGAAGAGGAUGAACCAAAGAGAAACAACAAAAAACGAACAUCGAGAAAAGAAGCUUGGAUCAAAGAGAACGAAGAAAAUAUUGUUGACUUGAUUGAUCCAACAACUGCGAGAAAUAUAACUACGACUCAACCUGAAAGUGCCAAUAUGGAAGAAUCUGUUAAAAAACUGAAAGAACCAAAGGAUUAUGGUUUUAAAAUUGCUCCAGAUGGACGAAUUAUUAUUAAGGAUGAUAAUCAAAAAAAUGAUAGCGACACAGAAAAUACAAAAAGAAAACGGUUAUUAUCUGAAGAUAAUACGGAUGACGACGACGAUUAUGAAGACGACGAAGAGGACAAGAAAUCAAUAGUAUCGGCGAAUCCUGCGAGUCGAAAGCGGAAACAUAGUACAAAUUCUGAUACUGCGAGUUUAAAGAGUUUUGCUACGUCGAAAUAUCGAGCUGGAGGAUCGGGUAUUCAUCGACCAAUAAAAAUGAAAAGAAUGGAACAGACGCCUGGUUCGGAAUAUCGCGCGCACAAAGCAGGAGGUGACGUUAAGAAGAAGGGCAAACCUGAUCCAUACGCUUACUUGCCAUUGACAAGAGCUGCUCUAAAUAAGCGAAAGAAGAAAAAGAUGGCAACGAAGCUUCGAGGGAUCGUUGCUGGUGCUAAGAAAGGAGCACAAAUUGGAAUGAAAAAUAAGAGAAGUAACAAAUAAUUAGGUCAUUACGUUCGAUCAUUUAAUUAAAAAAAAAAAAAAAAAAAAAAAAAA